UGGACGAAAUGCAUCGACGGGGCGAGCUGCCAGACGAGGACACUGUUCGCAUUCUCACUCACUCCCUAGUGGGCCCUCCUCCUCUCCCCUUCUCCUCCCCUGCGCGCCUCCUCUCCCACCUCAUUCGCCUCGCCACACUCCACAUCCCCUCCCACCCUUCCCCUCCCACCACUGCUGCCACCACUGCUGCCACCACUGCUGCCACCACUGCUGCCACCACUGCUGCCACCACUGCUGCCACCACUGCUGCCACCACUGCUGCCACCACUGCUGCCACCACUGCUGCCACCACUGCUGCCACCACUGCUGCCACCACUGCUGCCACCACUGCUGCCACCACUGCUGCCACCACUGCUGCCACCACUGCUGCCACCACUGCUGCCACCACUGCUGCCACCACUGCUGCCACCACUGCUGCCACCACUGCUGCCACCACUGCUGCCACCACCGCUGCCACCACUGCUGCCACCACUGCUGCCACCACUGCUGCCACCACUGCUGCCACCACUGCUGCCACCACUGCUGCCACCACUGCUGCCAUGAUGGGAGAAGCAUCUGCAGUCACUGCUGUUGGCACAGCAGCCAUCGCAGGAGCAGAGAAGGGAGCAAUGGCAGGUAGAGGCAGAGCAUCAGAGUCAGAGGGUCGCUCCCCCUCUUUCUCCGAGCCUCCCACCUCACCGCUCGCUUCCCCCCUCCUCCACCGCCACCGAACCAACUUGAUCACCUGGACCGUCCAAGCCUGCUGCUCCGGCCCGGGCUCGGUCCGGCUAGGUCCGGUGGACUUGCCACGUGUCACGUUCUCACUGGACCUCCUGCGGCUGCUGAGGCGAGAGGGGCAGGAGCCCCCCUCUGCUGCUUGCUGCGCGCCCAUUGCUGCGCUGGCGGUGGAGGGGGGAUGGCUGCAUGCAGGCGACAUGGCGGUGGUGCUGCUGCUGGCAUAUGGGAGGAGGGGGAUGCGGGAAGAGGCUUUUUCUCUCCUCCACCACCUUUCUCAAGCGCAUAUUCCUCUGCCGGGCGGCGCACUGCUGAAUGUGUUGCGGGCCGCAGCGGCGCACGGUCGGGCGGACUUUCUUGUCUUCUUGCUGCGGGAGUGGAUAGGGCCGGAUGUGACUGUACUGGGGGGAGCAGGGGCGGUGGAGGAGGUGCUGGUGCUGCUGGUAACGUGCAGGCGACCGCACCAGGCUGUGUCUUGGUUCCGCCGCCGCCUGGGAGCAUACCCCAACGUUCCCCCCUCCCACCGGGUGGUGCGGCUGCUGCUGCAGGCGUUGCGUAGGCGGAGCAUGUGGCACGAGAUGCUGGACGUGCUUGCGGCUCUGAGGGGCUACGAGGGCUUUCAUGAUAAGGCCAACUACUCCAUUGUGGUGCGCACUCUCCUCCAUUGCCGCCAGCCCAAGCUCGCCAUCGCUCUCUUCCACGAGAUGCUAGCAUCCGGGGUGUUACGGUGCGACAAGUACGGCCGGGUAGCGGUGAGCGGCGUUGGGGAUGUGAAGCUGUUACAGGCGGUGCGGCAUGCGGCUUUCCUUGUGGAGGACAGGGAGGUGCUCAGAAUGGUGGGGAAGUUGACGCAUCAAAACAAGACUUGGAGCUUCGCAUUCAAAGGAGCUUCCGGAGGAACUAGGCAAGCCCAAGCCAGCAAUCGAUCCCUUUCGCUUCAUGCUGGUGGCUCCAGUGCUGCUGAGAAGCACCAAGAGACGGGUACCGGUAGUGGUGAAUGAUGCUGUACGUGGGAGACUUUGUGCAAACAACUUUACUCUCAAGGUAACGAUUUUUUUGGUAGAAUGAGGGGAUACAAGGGGAUAUAACCUAAUGUGUUGUACUCUCUAUGAUCAUGCACCUAUCU